ACAAACCACACUCCACACGCACAGCCCGAAGUGCGGCGCCGGCGAUGGAUGCUGGUGGAGGUGGUGCUGCUGCCGGUGGCGGUGAAGCAGCAGCUGCAGGUGGAGAUGGCUCCAGGGCGGCGACGGGAGCCAUCCGUGCGGUGGCGAAGGUGCACCUCGCUCUCGGCUGGGCGGCGGCGACAUUCGCCCUCUGCGCCGUCACCCUCCAGCCCCAGCUGAAGCCGCAGGGAGGUCAGUGCGCGGCCACCGAGGUGGACGCGGCGACCAUGCGCGCCAAGGGGCUGCUGCUGCUGCUCCCCGCCGGCGCCCAGGCAGCGGCGACCACGGUGGCCGCCUUCGCGCCGGACGCCUGGAGAUGGGGGCGGCUGCACGUCGGCUGGACCUUCGCCGCCUUCACGCACGUCGUCAGCGUCUUUACCUACUUCCACCUCGAGGACGCCUUCACUGCUGCGGCCGCCGUCGCCUUCAGCGGCUGCCCCGCCCACAUGUACGUGGAGACGGCCAUGUUCAUCGCCCACAACGUCCUGCUCUUCGUGCCCCUUUGCGUCUUCUUCGUUGUAGGCAUCGCCGCACUCGUCGCCGCCGUGUGGUAGCCCUUUGAUUCCUACAUAUAUAUCGAUCCAUCCAUCCAUGCCUAGCGUCUAGCGAAGCUUGUACAGUACUAUGCUAUGUCGUCCAGCACUCCAGUCUAAGCUACUAGCUAAUGAUGAUCAAUGUGGCACUAAUUAGGGUUAAUUGGUGUGCAUGCUGCGUGUUGGAAUGCAAUGCUAGAUCGAUGCAUGAUGCAUAUGGUUGGAUCGAGAUGAGAAUGAGAUCGAGUUUGUACUCUUUAGAGCUAGUUAUCAUAUGCAUGCAUGGAGC